AUGUUUGAGGAAGGCAUUACUCGCUCGGUGGUUAAUGCGGAGGGGUCGGCCCGUCUCGUUGAGAUCCUCUCCGACGUGAACCUGUUGAUGCAAGGAGGCAACUUGGUACCACAAUUCAGCUUGUUGUGUUCGGAGGCCGAGAACGAGUCCCUGAGGAAUGUUUCGGAUGUCGAAGUGAUGGACCAAGUAGCUGUAAUGGGCUUACGGACGUACAUGUUGGAGGUAGAGAAAAUUCGCAGAGCCAAUGUCCGAUCGAGGAUCUUCUUGCAGAUGCUGGAAAAAUACCAUCGCUAUCGCGAUGGGUGUCGUGAGUUGUACGAACGGUUAAGGACUGAUCCCCGCAACCGGUCUUUGGGCGAGGAGUUGGAGAAGAGGGACCAGGAGCUAAUGCAGGCGCUUCGCAGCAAGAGCGAGCUCGAAGAGCAAAUCCGCCUCAAGGACGAGGAGCUCGAGGUGGGCAAAGGGGUCGCUGCGGAAUGCGAGCACAUACAGGGCAAGUUACGAGCAAUGCAGUUGGAAAUUGAGCAGAGCCAGGCCAGAGCAGCGGAGAUGAACGCCGAGUGGAGCGGGAAGUUGACUGCGCUGGAAGGCAAUGUUGCCGAUUUGAAGCGCAUGGAGAGGGCAUCGUUGGAUGCUUCGACGAGGGCAGCGUCCUUAGAGGCGGCAAUUCGUGUACAUGAGUCCGAGCGAGAGUCGGAGAGAGCUACUGCAGCCCUUAGGGAGGCGAGGCUCGAGGAGUGGAUUGGCGCGGUUGACCAGGAGGCCUUAGUCUUGUCAGAUCGGGUUGCGGCUUUGGAGGAGGAGAAUCAGCGAUUGAGGGCCCAGGCUGGAUCAUCCCGUGUCGCUGUUCCCCGCCAAGCUCAUGAACUCUGGGUCUAUGCUGAAGCUCAACGUGAUAUUUUCAAGAACUUAUGGGAGGCAGGGACCAUGACUGAGGCAGCUUUCGAGGAGGCGUGUUAG